AUGGUCGAUAGUCAAUCAUUGUAUAAAGAGACAAAGAAAUUACGAACAAUAUUAAAUAAAUCAAUUACAUGUAUUGAAAAUUUGCCAAAUGAAAUUUUUUAUGAAAUAUUUACUUAUCUCGAAGGUUGUAAAUUAUAUGAAGCAUUUACAAAUCUCAAUAUUCGUUUUCAACGUCUUCUGACUAGUUCAUAUCUAUCACUCAAUAUUCAAAUCUCAUCUUCUCUAGAAUCUAUCCUUGAACAUCGUUUUAAACAUAUUAUUAUACCAAAUAAACAUCAAAUCGUUUCAAUUUCAUUGAUAAACUAUUGUGGUAAUGAUCAAAUGUUUACAUUAUUUACUAUUGAUUCAUCAUUUACUCAACUUGAAUCACUUGUUCUUAAAAAUGUUGAUGAAAACAAAAUCAUAAAAAUUCUUUUAAAUUUAAUUUCUCUAUUUCGUCUGUUUUCUUUAACUAUUUAUCUUAAUGAUAAUUGUCAAGAUCUCAGCAAUAUAUAUAGACUAAUUUUUCGUUUACCAGUUUUGAAAUCGAUAAGACUUUUAUCGAAGAACUUUCUCAAAUUUACUCGAAUCCCAAUAGCAUCUAAUGAACAGUACAGUUCUAUUGAAUAUAUGAAUAUUAAUCAUCGUUGUACUCUUAAUAACCUUAUUUGUUUACUUUCAUACACACCUCGACUAUCUCAUUUAACUUGUGAAGAAUUGUUUGGAUUGUUACACAAUAUUUCAAUUGAAAUACCUAUUAAAUUAUCUAAUUUAACACAUAUCUCUAUUGGAUUUUGUAAAAUUCAAUUUCAAGAUUUAGAAAUCUUCAUUCAAAAAUUUUGUACACAAAUAAAAGUAUUACGAAUAAUGACAUCGAAUUAUUUUGCUUAUCUUGAUGUCAAUCGAUGGGAACGAUUGAUCCAAGAUAAUAUGCCUCAUAUCUAUCAAUUUUAUUUUCAAUAUUAUCAAUUUAUUGAUGAUUCGAUUUUAUAUGCUCCAUAUCAGUGGCUAAUUAAUCAAUCGACUUCAUCAUUUUGGAUCAAUCGACGAUGUUUAAUUGAAUGUCACCUUGAUAUAGAUAGUUGGUAUCAUGGUCAAUUUAUUUAUUCUCUUCGUUUUUCUAAGAAUAAAAUAUCAACUUCGAAUGAUGGAAAACAUACAGCUAAAUUUAUUCAAUUAACUGUUAGUCGUUUAGAUUUUACUCAGUAUUGUUUAAUAAUUGCAGAGAAUACUCGAGCAUUUCUUUUAAUAGCAGAAUUUACUCAUUUGAAUAUUAGUUCCAAAUGGGUGCCUAUUAGUACACUGAUCAAACUCGUUUGGUAUUUACCUAAUCUUCAUUCAUUACGUGUGUCCAAUUUAACACUGUUGGAAAUAAAAACCAUAUCUAUUGAUGAUAUAAAAAAUUUUCAUUUAGCUUCGAAGGAAAACAAAAUUAUCGAAGUACAUCUUGCACAGAUGAUUGAAUUUCAGCAAGCUCAAUUUCUAAUUAAUCUUUGUCCUUGUAUAGAAUAUUUCACAAUAGAAUGUUUAAGAGGUGUAAAUCUUGAAAUGUUCGUUCGAUUUAUUUUGAUGGAAAAUUAUGCAAAUAUUCCUAAUCUUUGUAUGUUAUGUCUUUACGGUUCAAUUUGUAAAGUUGAGAUAAUUGAAAAUUUCAAAAUAAUGAUCAAUCGAGAACAACAACUACAUGAUUAUACAGUAAAAUUUAUAUCUGAUAAAAUCUAUUUCGAACGAAAAAAACAAUGA